AUGUCGACAGACAAGGAGGGCUGGUACGGUGACACCCUGAGUAAUCGUGACAAGCUCCUGCAGGUGAAGUUGGCGACUGGAUGUUUGUCGGCAGGCAUCCCGCUUCAUGCCCUUGGCGACCCGCAGAUGAAGGUCUUCUUCGACUUCGCGAACAUAUGCAUGCCGGGAGACAGUCAUCUCGCCAAGCACAUCCCGGUCCUGCUGCGCACAGAGCUUGACACGGCCCUGUCGGAGCUUGGGGACGGGAAUUACACCGUGUGCUUCGACCCCACGCCCUACCGUUGCGAGUGCUUCGGCAUCGAGCUACGAUUCAUCGACCAGAAAGGCCAGGUGGUGCAGCAUGUCCUCAAGAUUGAGAUGCUGACUAAGUCCAUGUCGGCUCGAGACAUCGUCGGCCAGGUCAACGACACCUUGAGCGAAGAGUUUUGCCUGAAGGCGUCACGCUGCAUCGGCUUCAUGCUCGACGGCUGCACAGCCAACCUGCUCGCUCUCGACUCCUUGACGCAGCACAUCUACCGCAGGUCGCUUGGCGUCUCCUGCUUCUCCCACUUGUUCAACAACAUCGGGAAGCGACUAAUCUUCCCGGACUUGGAAGACUUCUUGGGCAAGCUGCACACUCUGCUUUCGCACAGCCCACAAGCCAAGGCCCUCUUACGCGAGAUCGUCGGCGUUGCAGAUCCUCCAACUCCCAACCACCGGUGGGGUUCGAGGUUCGAGCGCGACUACCUUGUCGCCAUGAAUUCGCCAGGUGUUGUAAAGUUCAUCGAGGCGCACAAGAGCAACGACGAGGACAAGUCCAGGACGGCGGCAUGGCUGCGAUCGGAGCUAGCUCGGAAGCGGGACGACGGCAAGUAUCAGGUCCUCGUCCUUCGGAUGCAGCUGGCUGUACUUGUGGACGUGGGCAAGAUCGUCACCGCUACCUGCAUCUUCCUCGAAGGCGACGAGCCACUGCUGCACAAAGCGUUCAGCAAAAUCGAGAAGUUCCGUUCCGAGCUCGAGCCAGACAAGGAUGGGCUCUUCAAAGAGGACGUGGCUUUGCCUACUCUGGACGCUGUCAUCGCCGCCAGCAUUGGCCAGGGAGGCGACUUAGGAGCCACCGCCGACCUUCUCAAGGCUGAGUUCCAAGACAUCAUCCCUCUGCGCACCUACGCAUACGACAAGAUCGGCCCUCACGAGGGGGCUGAGCGGGCGACAGUACUCAAGUAUAUGGAGGCCGCGCGGCUCAUCGACUUCACCUUCAUGCGACGUCACAAGUACAGCGCCAUCGAAGUCCGCAGCCUCACCGUCUUCCCCUUCAUCUCCGAGCAACAAGUCGACAAGCUUCUCGCUGAAAAGGACGACCACUAUGUCGCUGCCCGCGUGACGGACGCAGACUACGAUUUUUGA